UCUGUCUUCUCUCUUUAACAGCGUGUGGCGCUCUGCACUUUUGUCUUCAGAUGAAUUGAGUUUAGUGUUUAAAAGUGAUGAAAGCAGACUCUGCUGUGGUCGGCUCUGACUGGUUUAUAGCAGCACUCUGCUCUGGUUUUCUGAGCCCAGUCUGUCUCUGUGAAACACAUGAAGGAAAUGUGAAUGAAUAAGAAGUGGAGGACUGACAGGUGUGUUUCUCCUGUCAGACUUGAGAAGAUGAGUGAUGUGGAGGAGGAGAAGGACGGAGCAGAGUCUGGAGUAUUCGGCUCUGAGUCUGUGAAGACUGAGCGCUCCAAAGAUCCUCCUCCAGACUUCAGUGAUGGACCUGGACCCUCAGACACAAAAGAGGAGGAGGAGGAGAAGAGGAGGCUUGUUUGUGAGGAGGAGCAGCCGUCCUGCUGUGCUUCCUGUCAGGACGUCCUGAAGGAUCCCGUCUCUACCAGCUGUGGACACUGGUUCUGCAGACGGUGCAUCAGCUCAUACUGGGACCAGUCUGCUCCACCAGGAGACUCCUCCUGUCCCCAGUGUGGACAAAGACCCAGAACCAGGGACGGUGGUCUGCAGGAGGUUUUAGAUGAACAUAAGAUCAGUCUGAGGAGGAGAUGUGAACGUGUGACUGAAGGAAGUGAUGCAACAGGAAGUGGAACCCUCCUCAACAGGAUCUACACUGAGCUCUACAUCACAGAGGGACAGAGUGAAGAGGUUAAUACCCAACAUGAGGAGAGGCAGCUGGAGACAGCUUCCAAGAAGAAGACCGUCCACGACGCUCCAAUCAGGUGCCAGGACAUCUUUAAAGCCUUACCUGACCAACAGGGACCCAUCAGAGUGGUUCUGACGAACGGCGUCGCUGGCGUUGGAAAAACCUUCUUGGUGCAGAAGUUCGGUCUGGACUGGGCAGAGGGUUUGGAGAACCAAGAUGUCAGUGUGGUGGUUCUGCUUUCGUUCAGGGAGCUGAACUUGAUCAGAGAUGAGCAGUACAGUCUUCUGGAGCUGCUCCAUGUUUUCCAUCCAACAUUACAGAAGGUCCCAGCAGAGAAGCUCGCCGUCUCUAAACUUCUGUUCAUCUUUGACGGCCUGGAUGAAAGCAGACUUUCUCUGGAUUUCAACAACAUGGAGGUUGUGUCUGAUGUCACACAGAAGUCAUCGGUCAACGUGCUGCUGACAAACCUCAUCGAGGGGAAUCUGCUUUCCUCGGCUCUCGUCUGGAUAACUUCCCGACCCGCGGCGGCCAAUCAGAUCCCUCCUGAGUGUGUCGACAGGGUGACAGAAGUACGAGGCUUCACUGACGCCCAGAAGGAGGAGUACUUCAGGAGGAGGGUCAGUGAUGAAGAGCGCUCCAGCACAAUCAUCUCACACGUCCAGACAUCCAGGAGCCUCCACAUCAUGUGUCUGAUCCCAGUCUUCUGCUGGAUCACUGCUACAGUUCUGGACCACAUGUUGACUACAGAGCAGAGAGGAGAGCUGCCCAAGACCCUGACUGACCUGUACUCAAACUUCCUGCUGGUUCAGACCAAGAAGAAGAAGCAGAAGUAUGAUGGGGGACAUGAGACGAGUCCACAGGAGCUGAUGGAGGCUGACAGAGAAGUUCUUCUGAAGCUGGGGAGGCUGGCGUUUGAACAGCUGCAGGAAGGAAACAUCAUGUUCUACCAAGAAGACCUGGAGCGCUGUGGUCUCCAUGUCACAGAGGCCUCGGUGUACUCAGGAGUUUGUACAGAGAUCUUCAGAAGAGAGAGUGUGAUCUUCCAGAAAACAGUCUACUGCUUCGUUCAUCUGAGCGUUCAGGAGUUUCUGGCUGCAGUCUACAUGUUCCACUGUUACACCACCAGGAACACAGAGGGACUGGAGGCUUUUCUGGGGACAGACUGGGACAAUAGGGGGUCAUCUCUGGAUGACUUCCUGAGGGGAGCCAUGGAGAAAUCCCUUGAAAGUAAAAAUGGCCACCUGGACCUGUUUGUCCGCUUCCUUCAUGGCCUCUCUCUGGAGUCCAACCAGAGACUGUUAGAAGGCCUGCUGGGUCAGACAGACAACAGGCCAGGAGUCAUCCAGAGAGCCAUCAACAACCUGAAGAAGAUGAACACUGAUGAGAUCUCUCCUGACAGAACCAUCAACAUCUUCCACUGUCUGACGGAGAUGAACGACCUCUCAGUCCAUCAGGAGAUCCAAGAGUUCCUGAAGUCAGAGAACAGAUCAGAGGAACUCUCUGAUAUCCACUGCUCAGCUCUGGCCUACAUGCUGCAGAUGUCAGAGGAGGUUCUGGAUGAGUUGGACCUGAUGAAGUACAAGACAUCAUACGAUGGACGACUGAGACUGAUUCCAGCUGUGAGGAACUGCAGGAAGUUUGUACUUUCUGACUGUAACCUCUUAGAGACUGCAUGUGAAGUCAUAGCCUCAGCUCUGAAGUCCAACCCCUCCCAUCUGAGAGAGCUGGACCUGAGUGACAUCUACCUGGAGGAUUCAGGAGUGAAGCGGCUCUGUGCUGGACUGGAGAGUCCAAACUGCAGACUGGAGACUCUGAGACUUUAUAACUGUCUGCUCUCAGAGACUGGCUCUGAAGUCAUAGCCUCAGCUCUGAAGUCCAACCCCUCCCAUCUGACAGAGCUGGACCUGAGCUGGAACAACCUGGAGGAUUCAGGAGUGAAGCGGCUCUGUGCUGGACUGGAGAGUCCAAACUGCAGACUGGAGACUCUGGGAUUGAGGUACUGCGGUUUGUCAGAGAUCAGCUGUGCUUCUCUGGCCUCAGCUCUGAAGUCCAACCCCUCCCAUCUCAGAGAGCUGGACCUGAGACACAACAGGCUGCAGUAUUCAGGAGUGAAGCUGCUGUGUGAUCUUCUGCAGAGUCCAAACUACAGACUGGAGAAUCUGGGGGUGUAUGAUGAAGUAUUCAGGGCUCCACCUGACAGAUAUGAAGGACAUCCGUCCACGUCCAACCCAACCCUGGAUGAGUCUGAGGACAGCAGGAAGGAGAGUGUGGAUGAAGAGGAUCCGCUGUGUCCUGAUGAUCCAGAGAAGUCCAAGCAGCAGCUGGUGUGUGGAGAGGCUCUCAAUGCAAACGAAAAGUUAAGUUUCACACCUGAACUGCUGACUGAGUCUGGAAAGACUUCAUACAGGUUCAGGUGUCCCGGUCCAGGUGUGUUCCAGUGUGCUUUGACUGGACUGGUGUUUGUUUUGGCUCAGGAGGCGGAGCUUCAGUACAACACUGUCAUAUGGGACGAGAGCCUCGUCCAAUCAGCUGGCAGGACGGCUGCAGGGCCGCUGUUCAGAAUCGAGAGUUCAGAUGAUGCUGCUGUCUGUCAGCUCCACCUGCCACACUGUGAAACAGAGGAAGCGUUGCGUGUUGACGGCCUGUUGUCUGUCGUCCACAUCACUGAUGAUGGAAUGAGCUUCUUGGAGCCGCUGGAGGUCUCAGACACUCAUGUGAUGGUGAAGGUUCCCCACCUUUCUGCCUUUGGUCUGACUCGGAUCACCACAUGGCUUCUGAGCAUCGUUUGGCCAACAAAGGCCCAAGUUCUGCUGUUCCUGCGACCUCCCAUCAGAAGGUUUCCAGUACUGGAUGUAUUACUGCUGCCUGGCAACGUUCCUCUAACUGAGGUUACAGAGAGACAUAGCCGUGCUGAGCACCUCCUGACCCCUGCCUACUGUGAACUGAUGGUAGGUAAACCCUACAAGGUUCACUGUUCACCUGGGAACUUGAAAGUACAGCCGAAGCAUGAUAAAUUUCGCUUAGACUAUGGACCAAAUUACCAUCCAACAUUUCAAGUGUCACUGAAUCCGAUCCCAGAGAGUGUGACUUUGACGGUCCAGGAUGAAGAGGGCGGAGAAGUCUGGACACAUGACGUGGAUCUGCCAGGCCAGUCUCCCAGCACGACAAACACUGAAGCUGUUUCUGAGCAAACUGAAGCUCAAACUCAGAGAGGAGCAGGACACCAAACAACCAGCGCCCAGUCUGGAGGUGUCGUUGUCACUCCUCAGUUUACAGUUGGUAAUACACGGGAUAUAAACAUCACUGUCCAAUACACACAUGGCCAGUCUCCCAGCACGAUAAACACUGAAGCUGUUUCUGAGCAAACUGAAGGUCCACGAAGAAAUGUCCCAGCAGAGGACAGCGUCCCAACAGAAGACGCUGACCCACCAGAAGAGAAGCUGUCGUUGGUUCGGACAGAGUUUGUAAAAAGAGUCUCUGAUCCUGUUCUGAACCAGCUUCUGGAUAAACUCCUAGAGCUUCACGUUAUAAAUGAUGAAGAAAUGCAGUCACUCAGAGCGAAAGGUCGAGCAGACAGAGCACGAGACGUGAUGGACACGGUGAGAAGAAAAGGAAGUGCAGCCAGCUCAGUCCUGAUGGAGGCUCUCUGGGAGCUGGAUCCACACCUUUCCACAGUGCUGAGGCUCAGAUGAAACAAGAAGCUGAAGUGUGACGAUCCAAACUGAUGUCAGAGUGUUGUUCUCUGUUUCAGCCACUAGAUGGAGGCAGAACGUCUCUGCAGCAGAUUUCUGAGUGACGAUUGGACGCCUGAUUUUAAAGGAUUACUGCACCAUAUUUUUUACAGUUUGUCAUGUACAUGUUUAUCUCUUCUUGGUGUCAGAAAUCUUCAGGAGUAUUCAGAGAAAAGGCCGGAAGGAAAGGAACAAUAGUGCAUAAGUUGAUUUGACGUUGACUGUUUUUGAUGUUAAAUAUUGCAAUUGAUAACCAGGGACAUUUAAAAUAAUUUCUGUUGAUGGAAAAUUCUUUUUUUUUAUACAAACCAAAUCCAAAAUUGUUAGAUGGAGAAAAAAUCAUGUCUCUCUUUAUUGAGAGCAACAGAAUUUGUUUGAACAAAUGUGUAGGCCAGAGUUUUUUGUUUGUUUUUGUUUUAGUCUUUACCUAUUACAGAGACCACCAACAUUUGGUGAACACAAAAAUAAGUCAUAGUAUAGUAUGUCUAUUUUUGUUAAAAAUGGUCAAAUAUUAAAAUGCCUAAAAAUGUUGUUGAUACAUUUUACAGUAUCAUUUUUUUUCUGAAAUGACAGAAAAACACCAUAUUAAAGGAUGUCCAAACAUGUUGUUUUUUGUCAAAAAUGGUCAAAUUUUAAAAUGCCUAAAAAUGUUAAAAAUGGGUCAAUUAUAGUCCGUUGAUAGAUAUUAGAGCAUAAUUUAUCCUGAAAUGAAAGAAAAACACCAUAUUAUAGGAUGUCCAAAAUUUGGAGAAAACAAGAAAAGUCAUACUAUAGUAUGUCGUAUUUUGUCAAAAAAGGUGACAUUUUAAAAUGUCUAAAAAUGUUUGAAAUUACCCAAUUAUAGCAUGUUGAUACAUAUUAUCACAUAUUAAGAAAUGACAGAAAAACACCUUAUUAUAGGAUGUCCAAAAUUUGAAGAAAACAAAAAUUCUCUUUUUUUAUUGACAAAAAACAACAUACUACACGGAUGUUGUUUUUUGUAAAAAAUUGUCAAAUUUUAAAAUGUAAAAAAUGGCCCAAUUAUAGUCAUUUGAUACAUAUUAGAGCGUAAUUUUUCCUGAAAUGACAUAAAAACACCAUAUUAUAGGACGGACAAAAUUUGGAGAAAACUUUAGUGAUGUCGUUUUCAUUUUUUACAUUUUUUUUUGUAGUUUUACAUGUCGUCACAUUAUCAGCUGAAAGAUUUCUGUCUUUAUUCUAAGAAAAAGAAGUAAAAACACAACAGAGUGGUGUAAAAUGAUUUGACCGUAUUUAUUGUUUAAUUCCAUAUACAAAAAGAUAAAAUUGAAAUAACCCUUCUUUUUCUACAGUGAUUUUUAUUUUAUUGUUACGAUAACAGGUUGUGUGUGUGUGUGUGUGUGUGGCGUCGCUGCGCUGAGGACUAGAACUACAUUCAUUCAUACAAUAAUGAUCCUGGCACUGGGCGGAGAGAGGAAGGUCGAGAUAGAAAGAGAGAUAUACAAUAGAUUUAUGAAAAUAGAUAAGAAAAGAGAGACGCCACACACAAACAAACACACACACGUUUUCUUUUGUUCCCCACAGAUCGAGCAGGAGCUCCAUGUUUUCUCUACAAACCACCACAGUUUAAAAAAAAAAAAAGAUAACAUCGAGACUGCAAAUGAAACAUCUAUGUUACAGUGAUGGU